AUGCACCUGCCACGCUGCACUGCUCGCGCUGUGGAGAGCUCCGCUGGUGGAAUGUACCAGAACCUGCUGAUUGGUUCUUAUGUGAAUGGGCAUUUGACUCGCUGCGAGUUUGGGACUAUUGUGAAACUGGCUGCUGUGAAUUCUCUUAAGAGGGGGUCCGAGGGGCCUAAGGUCCAGGAGAGGGGUCUCCGUCUAGGAGAGGGCCUGACGCUGGCGCCGCUCUUGGAGACCCGCCCGGACGCGCGAACUUCGGCAUCUGGUCGCCCAUCCUGGCUCGGGCCGGGGGUCGGGGGGGCCCUCUCCCGCGACGCCGACGCCCCCAGCUGUGCUGCCUUCCUGCCGGCCAUCUCGCCCAACUUGCUGCCGCACCCACCACCGGGUGGCCCGCGCCAGCGACCUGCGCGGCCUCGUGACCUUCACGCUGGCGCACAACCAACCGCAAGUGCAGGUAUCCAGCUUUCUGGGAUGACAACAGACACUAUUUCUGGACUUACUGGAAUCUUCUGGCCAUCUGCCUGGCCUUCAUCAUCGUGUUUGAGCUGGGUCCUUGACCUCCUGGUACCCAACAUCCCGGAGUCUGUGGAGAUCAAAGUGAAGCGGGAAUACUACCUGGCGAAGCAGGCCCUAGCCGAGAAUGAGGCUCUCUUUGGAACACAUGGAGCCAAGGUUGACCAGCCCCAUGGCUCAGAGACGGGUUGGGCCCACAAGUCUAAGAUUCCAGGAGCCAACCUGGCCUCCCCGUCAUCCUCCUGCUCCCCAUCCUUCCCUUCCGAAGUCAGAGGUCAGCCAGUGUCAUCAGCUGAGAGGCCUGGAGCCUGGUCAGCACGUAGGAGACUGUUGAAGGCACACCCAGAGCCAGCUCACCGUGCACCAUCAGAGGCGAUGGCCUGGCUCAGCUCAACUCGUCCCCACCUUGGCUGAGUACUGCUGCUGCGGCCCCUGGCUGGCCUGGGCCUCUGCCCAUGCAUCCUGCCUCCCGAGUCCUGGCUGCCACCCCCACUUGAUACCUCUCAGCAUCCCUAAGGCCAGCCAACUGGAGCAGGGUGCCUGGAGGACAUCUGUGGCCUCUGGGGAAGCCAUCUCCUGCUGGACCCCUCCCAAGCCCCAUGAGCCAUAUCCUCUCUCUUUGCACGACAAGGCAGAAUGGAUCUGAAAUGCUGGCUUCCAGACCCUGCCUCUGUACUCAGAGAGUGCCUGUCCUUUCCAGACCUCAGUCCCUGGACUUCCAUCCCCCAGCAGGGAGGGGCCCUCUUUGUUCCUGCCCCUAAACCUAAGCCUCAGGGGCCCCUGCACACCCCUUACCCCCAACCCCAUCCCCCCCUGGCCAGGAGGUGGCCUCCACCCUCCCCACUGGCCUGACAUCCUCUUGUGUGUCCCUCCAGACCCACCCCUACCUCUUCCUGUCCUGUCCAAGCAGUGGCCCUCCAUCCCCGCAUGCCCACAUACCCCAGCUCUCUGAGCCCUCACCCUGUCGCAGACCACAGCAGGGAAGUCGUUCACCCCAUCUCUCCAUUCCCGAGUACCCAGGUCCUCUCGAUUCCAUCUUAUAUUUCUAGAAUCUCGCCCACUCUUUCUAUCCUAGCCACCAUUAACAGCCUCUGACAGUGUCCCUUCAACUUCCUCCUGUGGCAGCCAGACUAAAAACGAUCUGCAUCCCCCUGCUGUUUCUGAAGUUCCCUCCUGGGCCGCACACCUUCAGCAGUGGGGCUAAGUCUCCCCAGCUGUCCUCACUGCUGGGCUAGGGCCGACCCUGUGCCCUUCACCCAUUCCCUGGGGCUUUGUACACAGCAAGCACCGAAAUGGGAAAGGUUUUGGAAUGAGAUUUCAUUUCUUUCCCUUACUAAUAAGUGAAAGCAGACACCUUGGGAGGAAAGUGUAUUCCUGCAACAUUCGGCAAUCUCUUUCCACAAGUCCUUCUGUAUGUUUAUACACGAUGGUCUUCCAGCUUGGGUCACACCAGGACAUGCGGUUCUGACCUUGUCUCUGACUUUCCCUGGGCUUGCCUUCUCCCGUGAACUCGGCUGGCGGCGUGUUGCUCCGCCACGUGUCUCCUCACAUAGUGCCCACUUACUGUCGGGAGGUAGGUCCUCUUACUCCACCGUUAUGGACU